GCGGAUCAAAACGCGCCAGUCAAAAAGGCCAAGUGUCCUAACCAACUCUCGCUUUGAUUUCGCUACGUCGUCUCUUUCAUUAACUUUGUCCAAAUUUACAUCCAGUUAUUAUCUUGAACCGAAAUAAGAAAAGAGAGAAAUCACGUUUCACAAAAAAAUAUAUAAACUGUCAAUAUAAUGAUGUAAAUAAAAAAUCGAUAUACGAAUUGGACGCGAAUGUUUCUUGAAAACUUUUAUUUGAUUAGAAAAGUAAAAUCGAAUCUUCCUUUUUGAUAUAGAAUCAUGACUGCUGUAAAAGUGCACGGUGGUAUCGACAUUUUAAGAUUACCGGUAAAUGAAGAGGAACAUAUUUGCCCUCCAUGGCGUAUCAAAUACACGCAAUCCCAUAUACUCCAUUCUAAGUGUUCUAAAAGCGAAAGUGGCUGUGGUUCUGAUGACAAGACCGCCUGUCAGUUUUGCGUAUAUAGUAAUGCGUUAGAACUGCCACAUAUGCCAGACAUGGUGUUUCCCAAUAACGUGUUAACUCUGACACAUCAGGAUGGAGCGUCAUUGCUAUUCAAUGCUUUGGAUUCCUUAAGAUAUGUUUCCAAUGGCAAGAUUAAUGUACAGCUUGCUUGCGCAGAAGCAUGGAAAGAAUCCAGAUCGGAAAGUAGUGAAUAUUUAGAAGAGAAGAUAAAGCCUUUUGAUUGGACAUUUACCACUAAUUACACUGGUACAAUGUCGGGCUUUGAAGUUGAAGAAACAAAUGAGAGAAUUGAUAUGGAUAAAUUAAGGCAGAGAGAUAAGAUUAUGUUUUAUCACGAUUUAACAUUAUUUGAGGAUGAACUUCAUGACAAUGGCAUUGCAGUAAACUCGGUCAAAAUUAGAGUUAUGCCCAGUAGUUUUUUUAUAUUAUUACGGUAUUUUCUAAGAAUUGAUAAUGUAAUGCUGAGGAUAAACGAUACCCGUAUUUACCACGAAUUUGGUAAAAAUUACUUAUUACGCGAGUAUACAUCACGAGAAGCUAAGGUUCAAGAUAUUCGAGUUUCUCCGGCACUCUUUUUGGAGCCAAGUGCAAUAGCACCUCAUUUGCCAUUAAUUGGAAGCCAAUAUCACAAAUUGAUAGUAUCUGAAAAGGAAGAAGAACCUAAAUUAACUGAAGAUACAACUGAGCAGAAUGAAACUACGAGUGAAGAAGAAAUAAAACGAUCCGAUGAACCUACGGCAGACAAUUCCAUCACAUAAGGCUUGUACUAAAGUUUUUACAUUAUGUGAUAUUAUUUCCUUGAUUAAGAUUAAUCAAGAAUUUGCUGUACAGGUUAUUAAUUCUCAUUUUGAUCAUGUUAAAACCUUACGAAUGUAUAAAUCAAUAAGAAAUGAAAAUCUAGUAAAAACGUUAUAGUACUUUUAUCUGAAAUCAAUUUAAUAUGAGGAUUUUAUUAAAAUUGAUCAAUUUUAA